GGUUCCUGAGAGGCCGGCCCCUAGCCCCGCCCCUCGUCAUCUCAGCCGGGGCGGGGCGAGAGGCUGCGCAAGCGCAGUUCGCGCGCCCCGCUGUUGCCUAGAGAACGAUCUUUGGGGCGCCCUGGCGGGCCCUGGACCCGACGAGCUGCUUUAGGACCGCAUUCGCCGCGCUCAGCCCCGCUUCCUGUCCUCAACCGGAUGCGUGCGGGCCGGGCCCCCUGCCGCUGAAUUCACCCCAUGGUUACUCCUGUAGGCUAUGGCUGUCGCCGCUUCCUGCAGGGUCAGGCUCCACCUCGCCUCAAAGUCGAUCUAAGUGCUCCUCUGUGCAAGGCGAUAGGAUGGAAACCAUCCCCUCACUGCUGUUCAGAUUUUCACGUCCUGUACGUCUUCAAGGACAUGUACUAAGAGCUUAAUGAAAAUGGACACACUUCCUGCCUUCCUAGAGCAAAUAGAAUAACAGGGAGGAUACAUGGAAAUUGUUGCACAGCUGUCCUAUCUGUAUGAGAUCUCCAGUUUACCCUGAGUUACACGAGACGAUGAAAUACAUUGCCAAGAAGUGUGGAGUUAGGUUCCAGCCUCCGGCCAUGAUCUUGAUUUAUGAGAAUGAAGCUGAAGGAAAGAGCCGCCAGCGCAUCAUGCCUGUCCGAAACUUUUCGAAGUUCUCAGAUUGCACCAGAGCUGCUGAACAAUUAAAGAAUAACCCACGGCACAAGAGUUACCUGGAACAGGUGUCCCUGAAGCAGCUGGAGAAGCUGUUUGUUUUUUUACGAGGUUCCCUACAGGGGCAGAGCCUGGCAGAAACAAUGGAACAGAUCCAGCGGGAAACAACCAUUGAUCCCGAGGAAGACCUGAACAAACUGGACGACAAGGAGCUCGCCAAAAGGAAGAGCAUCAUGGAUGAGCUUUUCGAGAAAAAUCAGAAGAGAAAGGAUGACCCCAGUUUUGUGUAUGACGUGGAGGUUGAGUUCCCUCAGGAUGAGCAGCUGCUGUCCUGCAGCUGGGACACAGCAUCCGUCGAUGAGUUCUGAGACUACGCCACGUUUCCACAAAGAAGGAAGAGCGGUUCUAGAAAACACUGAGACACGAAUGAUCCGUAAAACCAAGACACUUAACAUGUCCUACACAGCCCUAUGAGAAACACAGAAACACAAGAUAGGAAUCUGCAAUCUAAAGAGAAAGUAACUCGAGAACUUGUAAAAAGGUAUUUUAUUAUAUUACUCAGGAAAAAGCUAAGAGCCAGGUAUUUGAUGAAGGCUGUAGAAAGGUCAAUACCUGCUUGACCUUGAAAUGCUACAGAUGUAUUUUAUAGAAAUCGAGAUGAAGCAAAGGGGGAAGGGGGAAGUAAAGAGACAAGAAAUAGGAAAAUCUGGGAAAGGGUGAGUAAUUAUAGUUUGACAAGACUAGAAUUAACCUGUGCUCAUUAGGACCCUGUGUGCAUUAACUCUGGGGUAGACAGGAAUACCUAUAAAUGCAAAAUGUCUCACAGCUACAAGUACAUGUGGCAGAAGGCAGGCAAGUCUACUCCGCGAUCAGGAAAUGUGUUCUAACGUUACUCUGAAACCCAGAGCCACUUCCUGUGAAAGACUGGUUUGUACAAUGGGAAGUCUGCCCACAAUGAGCGAUAGGUGCUGCUGUUCAGACCUGUUCGUAAGUUUAGUUGUGCAAAGAUCGCAGCCUCACAAGGCCUCUGUGUGCAGAUGUGUUUGUUCUUACUAGAAUGUUAUCUGAUUGAUAGAAAUCAUAUGUUUUCUACAAGGAAACCAUUACGCAUCGAAUAAAGCCGUGAAUGCAA